GGGAGAAGAAGAGCAGAAGGCGGCAAAGUGCGGAGCAGCUGAAGAGAGAGAAACACGGAGAAACGGAGAGAGAAACAGAGAGAGAAACAGAGAGCAGUCAUGGGUUUGUUGGAGCAGUGUGAGCAGUUCUUCAACACCUCCAACCUGUAUGAGGUGCUGGGGGUCCCAAAGGGGGCGACGGAUGCUGAGGUGCGACGUGGCUACUACAAACUCUCCCUGCAGGUGCAUCCUGACAGAGCCAGCGAAGACCAGCACGCCACCACCAAGUUUCAGAUACUAGGAAAGGUCUACGCCGUGUUAAGCGACAAGGAGCAAAGAGCCGUCUAUGAUGAACAGGGUGUUGUGGACGAAGAGUCAGACUCCCUCAGUCAAGACCGCGACUGGGAAGAGCACUGGAGACGGCUGUUUCCAAAGAUCACGCUGCAGGACAUCCUGGACUUUGAGAAGCAGUAUAAAGACUCAGAGGAGGAGCUGCAGGACCUGAAGAGGCUCUACCUGCUUCACGAAGGAGACGUGGAUCAAAUCAUGGAGUCGGCGCUGUGCUGUAGUCAUGAAGACGAGCCUCGCGUGCGGGACAUCCUGCAGCGCGCCGUUGACGCUAAAGAUGUACCUGCUUACAAAGCCUUCACACACGAGAGCGCCAAGAAGAAGGCCAACCGCAAGAGGAAGGCAAAGAAGGAGCAGCAGGAGGCCGAAGAGAUGCGAAAGGAGAUGGGGCUGGACGCUGAGGACAGUCUGGUGGCCAUGAUCCAGCAAAGACAGAAGUCCAAAGAGAGAGGAUUCAACUCGCUCAUCUCAGAUCUUGAGGCCAAGUACUGCAAGAAGCCCUCUGCGGGGAAGAAGGGGUCAAAGAAGUGACCGUUAUUCAUACCUGAACCAGAUGAAGACACCUGGAUCUAAGCUGACUGCUUAAAUAUAAUUAAGAUGCAGUUCAAGGCUUCUUGAGCUGUUUUCCAGCCACAUAUCUGCACUUUGUCCCUUUUCUGUGAUUUCAGUUUCGUUUGUGUUCUGUUCAGUCUGUAGUUGAGCACCCUGUACAGCCUGUGUUAAAGCAGCACCAACCAUCUGGGCCAGACGGAGCACGUUAUCUGGUGAUAUCAGCUCUGUUACAGCACUUAGUUUACUCUUCAGAGACCAGACACAGACGUAAAACAGCUCCUCCUCACUGGGAUGAGAGAGUGACGGUAAACAGUAACAGUAGAUCAUGUUUCACACUUAUUCCGCAGUAGUGAGGUGUUACACAGCUGAUGUGUUUCAUAUGCAUUUAUAAAUGCUGAGCAAACAUUUACAAAUAAAUGCUAAAGUGUAC